GAAGGAGGAGGAGGAGGAGGGUCUACGUCUCACUGCAGACUUCACCUCCAGAAAGCCUGCGCUACACCCGCACCGGAGACCGACACAGACAGGCGGACGGACGGACGGACGGAGAAGAGGAGGGUGUCGGAUGAUGUCGACCCGCUGAAAUGGGUGACAGCGCCGAGAGGAAAGGGCCCGGAGCCCGCAGGAGGCGAACCACCGUCUCCGGCGGCGGCGGCGGGGCGGCCAGCGGGAAACAAGCGAACGGGAGCAAGUCGCGCGAAGCCGGCGAGAAGCCGCCGCCUUGCCCCGCCAGAGUCAAAGCCGAGGAGACCGCCAGGCUCGCCGGCAACGGCGGGGUGCAGGAGAGACCGAGGGAGAUGCCGGAGCAUCAGCGCGCAAAUAGCCCGCGGAAGGAUAAAGGCAAAGGGACGGAAGACAUCAGCGAGAGACUAAGCUGUCAUGUCCUUCAAGAGUCUCUGCUUAGCUCAGACAGUGGCUACAGCAACUACCGAGGGAUCCUCAACUGGUGUGUUGUCAUGCUGGUGCUGAGUAAUGCACGCCUCUUCCUAGAGAACCUCAUAAAGUAUGGUAUCUUGGUGGAUCCGAUCCAAGUAGUGUCCCUCUUCUUGAAGGAACCCUACAGCUGGCCUGCAGCCUGCCUGAUCAUCGCGUCGAAUGUGUUCAUCAUUGCGGCCUUGUACGUUGAGAGACGACUGGCUGUGGGAACAAUCUCAGAAACUACAGGGUUGAUUCUUCACAUCUUGAACCUGGUGUCCUUGUUGAUAUUUCCUUCAGCCAUUGUCCUCUCUAUCAACUCCAUGACCCCAGUGGGUGGCGUGCUCUCUCUAGGUAUCUACACCAUGCUGUUCCUCAAAGUCUACUCCUAUAAGGACACCAACAGGUGGUGUAGAGAAAUCAGACACGCCAAAGCAAAGCGACUGACGAGGUCAUACUCAUGUCCAUCUGUGGCACGUUCAAAUGGUUCGGCAGUGCAUGCUCAUGUCUCCUACCCAGGCAACCUCACCUACCGAGACAUUUACUACUUUGUCUUUGCGCCUACUCUCUGCUAUGAGCUCAACUUCCCAAAGUCAUCUCGAAUACGCAAGAGUUUCCUUCUCAGACGACUGUUUGAAAUGCUCUUCUUCAUACAGCUGCUGGUGGGAUUAAUACAACAGUGGAUGGUGCCAACUAUACAGAACUCAAUGAAGCCACUCCAGGAAAUGGACUUCUCCAGGAUGGUAGAGCGCCUGCUAAAACUAGCUGUCCCUAACCAUCUGAUUUGGUUAAUAUUCUUCUAUUGGUUUUUCCACUCCUCUAUGAACUUUGUGGCAGAGCUGAUGCAGUUUGGAGACAGGGAGUUCUACAAGGACUGGUGGAACUCUGAGAGUGUCACCUACUUCUGGGCCAACUGGAACAUCCCUGUUCAUAAGUGGUGUCUUAGACACUUCUAUAAGCCCAUGUUGAGGACAGGGGUCAACAAGUUUCUGGCUCAAACUGCCGUCUUCCUGGUUUCUGCCUUCUUCCACGAGUACUUGGUGAGCAUUCCUCUGAAGAUGUUCCGGCUCUGGGCCUUUAUGGGCAUGAUGGCUCAGGUUCCUCUGGCCUGGUUCGUGGGCCGUUUCCUCAAUGGAAACUAUGGCAAUGCGGCCGUGUGGAUCUCACUCAUCAUUGGCCAGCCAGUCGCUGUGUUGAUGUAUGUCCACGAUUACUAUGUUCUUCAUCAUGUGUCUGCCACGUAAUAUUAGACAAACAUGAAAACACACACGCACACACACACACACACACAAUACAGUAGACUGCUGGACAAUGAAUGUACAAUACUUCGAUGUUGCGGAGGAAAAAGGAAAAAGCCUUUUAAUAUGAAAUGAGGAAGAGGAGGAAGAGUGUUGGCAUCUUCUCGAACUGGUGCUGAAUAUGAUGGAGGAUGACUUCAAAUAUUUUAACCCCAGUGAGAAGCACUUGAUUCUGAAGUAGUGUCUCGUUUAUGUAGGACAGUUUGGCUUUUCACCGUGUGAACCUUAGUGGAGCCCGGGGACCUGGUACCACCGCCAAGCCUGAGCCUUUUUUCUGAACUCUGUGUGUCAAAUCACUGGAACUGGAAAAGUUGUGUAACGACACAUACCAUCCCGGGAUAUAGAAAAUAACCAUUUCUUGACUCUCCGUUUCCUGUUUCUAGAUUUGUUAGAAGUAUUAUGACUUUUUAGUCUUUAAAACCACAUUUUCUAGACGUGGCCGGCGUCGAUGGUCGACAGAUCGUGAACUCUCACGGAGGCGAACGCAUCAGAAAGGGAAACAUUCUGCCCAAACCUGAACACUGCAAACGUACCCACUCGAAUGUGAUGAGAGAAUUUUGCAGAGUAAGCUAAAAAAAAACAAAACCCAGGCACUCCUCUUGAGUAUUAAAUAUACUGGAGCAUCACAGGUCUGAACCACUGCCAGGUAAGCACAAGCUGGACCGCGGGGUCCUUCCUCGGUCCCCCACGUCAAGAGGACCGAUAUCUCCUUUUUAAGAGACUCCCAUCAUUACCGGAGAGGUGCGGUUCACUUUUUUUGUUUAACCAGGCCAGACCCCUUUGCCGGCGAUGGAGGUUUGGAGGUCCCGCCGACGACCUCUGCAGCCGUGAAGGGUUUCUGCACUUUUUUGUUUACAUUCGCCAAAAGUGACGCGAGCGUUUGUGCUGCAGAAAUAAAGGAUUUACCUCUCCGCCGUCUCCCUUCCCUCCCUCCCUCCUUCCCGUUUCCCCAUGAGCCGUUUGUAGUAGAGAUUUGUAACCAAACGAAGGGAAGAAGAGAGGAGGGAUGGAGCGGUGUAGUGCGGAGGGGCCUUAAGGGAAGACGUCACGGUGGAAAUCUUUGUCCAGACAGCAGAGAUGCAGGCUGUCUUUCUCGGUGAACACAAGCAAUGCAAUGCAGUUUGUGUUUUCAUGGUACCGGUCUGGCUCUCGCCUCUGCUUUGUGUACUCUCCUCUUCACUGUGUUGCCUUUUUUGAGUUAUCUGUACGACUUCAUUUCCCUGCCAACUGUUUUUAUUCGUUUGCUUUGCUGGUUUCAGUAUUAUCCAGCCAUCUUGAAAUCAGAAUAUAUAUUUUUAUGUUGUGUUUUAUGUUUCAUCUGCUUGAUUCACAGCAAAUCAUUUGGUGAACGCGACGUUUCUGAUUCAGUCUUCGUAGACGUUUCGUUGUUGAUUUAUUGAUCUGAACCUGUAACCGUUUCUUUGCACUUUAAGGCGAGAUGCAUGCUUUCGACUAAAGCAAUAGAAUAUUUCGAUGAAUGUAUUAUAUAUAAGUUAUCGGUAUGUAGAGAAAAUGAGAUUUUGUGUGAAAUUCCUCACGUUGUCCCAGGGUAAAGCUCGACUUCAAUACAGAUUUGAAGUUUUUCGCAGACUUCCAAACUUGACUGUAAUAAAGUCACAGUGGCUGCAAGUCGUUUGCAAGUGAUAUAACUUGGCACAUAAUAUUGAUACCUUUUUAUAUUUUUGGUUUGCUUUUUCCUUUUCUUACCAAAGCCUUUCUAUUGGUUAAGUGUAAAACAAGCCAUUUUCUGAGCUUGAAUUUCAAAUUAAUGGAACCUGACCCCGUGCAAUAUAUCAUAUUGCAUAGGACAUAUUCAAUAUCAUAUGUCCUACUGCGCACGUCCAAUGCAAUAUAUCCUAUGUAAAAUGAUACUGAGAAUAAAUCCGAGUUUUAAUUUUCUGUUCUCUAUGUGCCAUUCUAGCUGGGUUUGGAAACCUACACAUUUCUCAACAACUCUCCACAUAUUUUCCAGUUCUCGCACGCGCAAAAACUGAGUGAAUUGAGUCGAGUGAAUUGUCCACCGGGCAAACCCCUGCCUGCCUCACCAGCCUGCAGUAACCUGGACCCUUUCAUUCGAAAGUCACGUACUAACAAACUAGCUUAAACUAGCCAAAUACAUACAUAAAUACAAAUGCAAGUACUUUCCUCAUAAAGAUCACAUCAGGGGCAUCCGGGUAGCGUAGCGGUCUAUUCCGGUGCCUACCAACACCGGGAUCGCCGGUUCGAAUCCCCGUGUUACCUCCAGCUUGGUCGGGCGUCCUGCAGACACUAUUGGCCGUGUCUGCGGGUGGGAAGCUGGAUGUGGGUAUGUGUCCUGGUCACUGCUCUAGCGCCUCCUCUGGUCGGUCGGGGCGCCUGUUCGGGGGGGGGGGGGGAUAGCCAGUGUAGGCUAUUCCUUUCAACUGUAUCCCUGGAAAAGAAGUUCCUCACGUCUUCUGCUCUAUGCGUUAUUGGACAUCCCUCGCCAAGCAAAGCAGAGAAACAUUUGCAAAGAAAGGGGGUCACCGUUAGGUUGACCUGUGCCACCGAUGGACUUGGCAUUAAGGUGACUAUCGAAACUGUGAGAUCCGUGUUUGCAGUGCAAUGAGCAACUUCUUUCUUUGCGCAUGUUAAAGCCGUCCUGUUGACCAGGUAACGCCACAACUCUCCAUAGGAACCCAUACAAGGAGUCCACGGUGUUGUAGCGGUCUAAGCAUCGGCUUUGGGUCGAUGCAGUUGCUCGCUGGGGACCGGGGGUUCGCGCCCCGGUCUCGUCAUAUCCGGCUAUGGCCGGACUCGGUGAAGCAGCAAUAAUUGGCAACGCUGUCUUCGGAAGGGGGGGGCGGAGUCGGCUUGUGUUCGUCACAUGAAUGCGUGUGGUUGGUGGUUGGUGGGGGCAGUGGUUCGGCCUGCGUGAUUUUUUUUUCCUCGUACCCGUUUUCCGAGAACUCCGCCCCGCGUUAUUUUUCCUACCCGGAUUCCGGGAAGACCCGCCCCUACUCUAUCUCUGAUUGGCUAACCCCACCCCGACCUUAACCAACGGAGGCAACGAGUACUAGCCAAUCAGAGGCAGAGUUCCCGGAAAACGGGUACGGAAAAAAAUCACGCGCCCGGCCUGGAUUCACCUUGUCCCGAAAAUUCACCUUGUCCCGGAAGUGGCGAGGCGUCUCCUUCGAGACUGCCGGCCGGGGAGAUGCAGUUGGCGAGCGCAUGCAGUACGAGGCUGGGUGUUUGAACUAAAACUAGCGAUCGAUUGGCCACUAAAUUGGGAGAAAAUCAGAAAUAAAUUAGAAAAAAAAAGAAACCCAUACAAUUUGAAAGAAUUACGUGCAGCUUAUUCUUGAUAAACUGGGUUUCUCCACCUUUUGACUGAUGGGGGGGGCAUUUGGUGCAAGUACAGCACUACUCAUUUGUUAAAGAGCGAGUUUGUUUUGUUUUUUGCCAACUGGCUACAUCAUUUGUAUUCAACAACUCCAAUUAUUCGAGAUUAACCAAAUUACUCCUGGGUGCACGCUUUAAUUAAUGUCCGUUGGUUUAGAAAAUGGCAUUUCUCAUUUUGAUGGCAACCCUACUGUGAAAUUGGCAUUAAUGGGAGAACACACUUGGAGUUGUAAAUGUUGACCCGGAGACCGCCUCAUUUACUUUCAAGUGGUUUUGUUAUUUCCUGAGUUUGUGCUGAGGCCAGUGGAGACCUGUGAAAUGAGAGGAACCAAACCUGCGAGCCAGAAGCAUAAACCGAGAGGACGGUGUUGACACCGAUGCCCUGAACUGUGAAACUGAGUUAGCUGAACAUGCGAUGCAUCACAACAUCUCAUACAACACUGUCCUCACCCGACCACACUGUCCUCACCCGAGGUCUGACACCUCCUUGCGUCGUUUGUCAUAUCCGCUCUUGAAAUACCAAGUGUUAGGAGCAUCGGUUUGAUGAAUGUUAAAAACUAAAUGUUAAAGUUUUGUUUAUUGAGAAAUUGACAGUUUCCCCCCACUUUGCAGUCUUCACUGUGUAUAGUAUAAAGGAAUGUACCUCGCUUGUUCACUAUUGUAUAAUGAAAGUCCAAAAAAUGAGAACAUGUUUUGGCCUGAUUUUUCAAAGCCCUUCAAAUGAAACAUUUGUUGAUGUUUGAUAAAGACUGUUUAUAUUCUUUAAA